CUUUCUCACUCCCUCUCCCCCUUUGCCACCUUUUUCCACUCCCCUUUUCUCUAUUCACUUCCCCUUUUGUUGACAAAGCUUGUACCUUUCAUCACUGCAAACCAAGACUUCUUUGGUUUGCAUUAGCUCCUGCUACAUUCUUAGAUUUGCUGAGUCCCUUUUGGAAGCUCGAGUGUGAGUUUAGUAGUGAUGGCUGCUCCAAAACCAGAGGAAAUAAGCCAUCCACCAAUGGACCAGCUCCAAGGCUUGGAGUAUUGCAUCGAUUCUAAUCCUUCUUGGGGGGAAUCAGCAGCAAUUGGCUUUCAGCAUUACAUUUUGGCUUUAGGAACGGCUGUGAUGAUUCCAACCUUUCUUGUACCUUUGAUGGGAGGCACCGAUGAUGAUAAAGUGAGGGUGGUUCAGACAUUGCUGUUUGUUGGAGGGAUAAACACAUUGCUUCAGACAUUGUUUGGAACUAGAUUACCUACUGUUAUAGGAGGCUCAUGGGCAUUCAUGGUCCCUAUAAUUUCCAUCAUCCAUGAUCCAUCUCUGCAAAGUAUCACAGACCCUGAAGUGAGAUUUAAAAAUACAAUGAGAACAAUACAAGGUGCUUUGAUAGUAGCUUCGAGUGUGCAGAUUAUUUUGGGAUAUAGUCAGCUGUGGGCUAUAUGCUCCAGGUUUUUCAGUCCACUUGGGAUGGCUCCAGUCAUUUCUCUAGUGGGAUUUGGCCUUCUUGAUAGAGGCUUUCCAGUGGUUGGAAGAUGUGUAGAAAUCGGCAUUCCGAUGCUAGUCUUAUUCAUUGCCUUUUCUCAGUACUUGAAGCACUUCCAAACUAGAGGUAUCCCAGUAUUGGAGCGAUUCGCUCUUCUGCUGUCGGUGACUGUUAUAUGGGCUUACGCGCACCUCCUAACAGCAAGCGGAGCUUACAAGCAUCAUCCCGAGCAAACUCAGAUGAAUUGCCGCACAGAUAGAGCAAACCUCAUCUCCUCAGCACCAUGGAUCAAAAUCCCAUAUCCACUUCAGUGGGGUGCACCUAUAUUCAAUGCUGGUCAUGCUUUUGGAAUGAUGGCUGCUGUGCUAGUCUCCAUGAUUGAGUCAACCGGAGCAUAUAAGGCAGCAUCUCGUUUGGCAAGUGCCACGCCGCCUCCUGCCCAUGUUCUUAGCCGAGGAAUUGGCUGGCAGGGCAUUGGGAUCUUGUUGGAUGGAAUGUUUGGGACAGUUACUGGAUCCACAGUUUCAGUUGAAAAUAUUGGUCUUCUCGGAAGCACUAGAGUUGGCAGUCGUCGUGUAAUCCAAAUGUCGGCUGGUUUCAUGAUCUUCUUCGCUAUUCUUGGCAAGUUUGGAGCAUUAUUUGCAUCAAUACCUUUCACUAUAUUUGCAGCUAUAUAUUGCGUUAUGUUCGGCCUUGUUGCGUCUGUGGGGCUGUCGUUCUUGCAGUUCACGGACAUGAACUCGAUGAGGAACCUCUUCAUAGUCGGGGUGUCUCUCUUCCUCGGACUGUCCAUUCCCGAGUACUUCAGAGAAUACACAAGUGCUGCUCUUCAUGGCCCUGCUCAUACAAAGGCUGGAUGGUUCAAUGAUCUCCUCAACACCAUUUUCCUGUCAUCCCCAACCGUGGCCCUGCUCGUGUCUGUGUUCCUCGACAACACACUCGACUACAAGGACAGUGCCAAGGAGCGCGGGAUGCCUUGGUGGGCCAAGUUCAGAACCUUCAAAGGAGACACGCGCAACGAGGAGUUCUACACCCUUCCUUUCAAUCUCAACAGAUUCUUCCCUCCAUCAUGAUCAAUGUCUGGACAGAUCACCUUCUGUCAAUUAUUUUUUCAUUUGUUUUAAUCAUCCCUUUUUUGCUCGGGUUAUAUCAGUUUAAUCCAAUAAUGAUAAAUUUCAUCAUCA